AUGACACCGCAAGAAUGUCGAACAACAGAAACAAGGGACGCUGAGGACUCCCCUUCCCCUACGGACAUAGAUGUCGAAGUUCUGGGCCGGCAGCGCCCGGCAGUGUUUGGGUCCUGGCUAUCAGAGGUCGGCUUUUGCUCCUCACUACUUGGACUCAUGCUAAUGGGGGAAUAUCUCGUCGGUGGCUUUCACAUCAUCCUCCCCCAGCUUGCAUCCGAUCUCAAUAUCCCCAGCGAAUCCCAGACGUGGCCAUCGAGUGUGUUUUCCCUUGUCGCUGGCGCCUGCCUUCUCCCGUUCGGCCGAGUAAGCGAAAAGUUCGGAGGUUACAUUACGUUCAACAUUGGUCUUGGGUGGUUCUUCCUUUGGACCCUGUUGUCCGGUUUCAGCCAUAACUACGUCAUGCUCAUAGCCUGUCGCGCUAUGGCAGGCUUGGGGAUUUCUGCGGUCCUCCCGGCCGGCAUGAUGAUGCUCGGCAAGACCUAUCGACCCGGACCUCGGAAGAAUCUCGUGUUCGCGCUUUACGGUUCCUUCGCUCCUAUCGGCUUCUUUUUUGGCAUAUUUAUCGGUGGUCUGACCGGGCAAUACUUGUCAUGGAGAUGGUACUUCUGGGUCGGCUCCAUGAUAUUGGGUGUGCUGAUUGCUAUUUCUUUCUUUUCCAUUCCGAAAGAUUAUGGCAACAAGCAUGAGGUGCAGAUGGAUUGGUUAGGUACUGUUACAAUCGUACCAGGUCUUGCGCUUCUUAUCUACGCCCUUACAGACAGUUCUCAGGCUCCAGAGGGUUGGAAAAGCCCUCAGAUUCUGGUCACCCUUAUCGUUGGCGUUCUCUUGCUGGCAAUCGGCUUUUACAUCGAGAAAUGCGUCGCAUCCAGUCCGCUUCUUCCGCCUGAUCUUUUCUCGACAAAGUACAUCAAGACUCUGAUGUUGGCCUUAUGGUUGACAUACGGUGUCUUUGGGCUUUUUCUCUUCUACAGCAGUUUCUACAUUGAGUUGGUUCUCCACGCGUCGCCACUGCUUACGGCUGCCUGGUUGUGGAAGUAUUGUGUGUGUUCUACUCUUUGCCAUUAUGCCUGA